AUGAUCAUCCGUGACAAGGACGAAGAGAGCGAGUGCGAGACCGAGGAGGAUUGGUCUUCCGACAAGUCUAUUAGCAACGCCUGCUCCUCCUCGCCCUCAUCUUCAUCAUCUUUCUCUUCUUCCUCGUCUUCCUCCUCUUCAAUUGACAAGAACCCCACGGAACUAAGAGAGAAGCAGAUACUCGAGCAGCAAAAACAGGAGAGAAGGAAUGAGAGAGAAGAGAGAAAGAAAGAAAAGAGGAAGAGGAGUGAGGAAAGGAAGGAGAGAAAGGCGAAGAGGAUGAAGGGGGAGAACCCGCAACGGAAGCACGACGAAGAAAACCACGGGCCAAAGGAGUCUGCGGCACAGAGACAGAUAUCCACGCCCGAAAAGCAGAUACGAAGGGCCGCGACGUCAAUGUCUGAUUUGACAUCGGAAAAUGAGUCAAUUGACCAGGCCAUGGAUCUACGAGAGGCCGACGGCAGGUCUUCUCAAAAGCGCAAGGCCAAUGAGUUGGACGACGAAGAUGAGAGAGUCAGGACCCUAGCCGCGAAGAGGGGAAACAACAUGAAUAAGAGAUGCGAGCCUAAAAUGUUGAGAACAGAAACGAAUCGCUAA